AUGAUACAAAUAUUGUUGACAUACACUUUGCAUAUAGAAAUUCAGAUUCCUUAGUUUGGCUUUGCUCACUCUCUAUUUUAUGCAUACUUAAUGUUUAAGAACUAAGAUCAAUUUUGGAUCCUAUUCCCAAAUUUACUAUUUAUUGGAUCAUAUUCCUUACUCAGAAUGUUCAAUCAUUUGGAUCAAGAAAUUAUCUGGACUGCAAUUCAUUAUGCAGCAGUCUAUAUCAUAUUAACAAUAAUGAAUUAUGAGACCUUUAAAUAAUAGUAAUCUCCAAAAUUAAUAGAGAUCUUUUAAAAUUCAGAAAGAUAUAAGUGGAAAGAAAUGAGUUAACACGAGCUCUUUUAAGAAAAUUAUACGAAGAAUCUAUGCUUUAAUUAGAUAAGGGAAGGUGUGAUCCUUUAUGAAUAGGGUUAUGAAUAAUAGCCAACUUUUGUGAAUAGAUCAGCUAAGUCGAUGUUUUAGAUUUCUGACGAAAACUAAAUUUAGACUGCUUAUUAAAACUACUACAAGAUUGAGAAACUCGAGGCGAAGAAAUCGAUACAAUCAAUAAAGAGUAUUGGAAUUGAUAUAUAAAAUUCUAUAAAGUAAUAUAGUGGAUCCUUGUCCUUUAAUUCAAAAAGUCAAUACAUUCCUUAAUAAGGGGUGAAAGAAGUAACUUUAUAAUAAGUGCUUGAUAAAAUUUGGAUUAAGUAAAAUAAGGAGAGCUAUCUAUUUUAUGUUUAGCAAUCUAAACAUCUAUCUUAAUCCUAAUAAGCUCCUAUACUUGAGGUGAGUGUUUACGUGAACUCUUAGGUUAAGAAAGUUAUGACUAUUAUUUGCAGAGAUCUAAGUUACAAGAAGUACAUUAAAUAAUUGCAAAGUCAUUAUAAUUAAAAAUCUAAAAUGAUUUCAUUUGUUUCUCAUGAAUUUAGAGCCCCUUUGGGUUGUAUGAUCACAAUGUUGGAACAUGUUGCAAAAGAAUAAAAUAAUUUAUAUAUUCAAAAUUCAAUCGAUAACUCAAGAUAUCUAUUAAAUCUGUGUAAUGAUUUAUUGGACUUGGCAUAGAUUCAAGCAAAUAAAUUUUAGUUAAAAAUGGAAAGGUUUAAUCUAAAAAUGCUAUGCCAAGAAUGUUUAUAAAUGUUUAAUCUCUAAGCUGAGAAAAAACAAUUAAAAUUAAUGUUAUAGUAUCAGUCUGUUUGUCCUGAUAUUAUCGAAUAGGAUUAAAAUAGGAUUAAAUAAGUAAUGAUUAAUCUAAUAGGAAAUGCAUUCAAAUUCACUUAAGAAGGAUACAUCUCAUUGAGGGUAGAUCUAGUGGAAGAGUUAGUUAUUGAAAUUUGCAUAACUGAUUCAGGAAUAGGAGUGUAGGAGUAGGAUAAAGAGAUGUUAAUGAAGGCUUUUGGGAAGAUAAACUCUGAGGAGAGCAAGAAGUUAAAUGCUCAAGGAGUCGGCUUAGGAUUAGUGAUUAGUAAUAAAAUAGCAUAGCAAUUGGGAGAUGGUCUCAGAUUUGAUUCAAUUUAUCAUAAGGGAUCAAGUUUUUCAUUUACAAUCCAACUUCAAGAACUUUAGAGUCAGGAAUCAGAAAAAGUUAGAUCCAUCAAUAAUAAUAAGCAAUCAAUUUUGAGUGAUAGUGAAAUGAUAGAGAAUCUAAACGAAGAUGAAGAAAGCUCAAAAGAGAUCUAGAUCAUUGUGACCCAACCAAAAAAACAAAUUAAUAGUUCUGUUGAGUGUUGCUCUAAAAUAUUAAUAGUGGAUGAUACUUAAUUCAAUAUUGAUGCUUUGCAAAUGCUAUUGUUAAGAAUAGGUGUUAAAUAAAUUGAUUAUUCAAUUAAUGGAUACAAAGCCAUAGAAAAAAUCAAAUUAAAAGAAAAAUGCAAUUAUUGUAAUUCAAAUAUGUAUGGUUUAAUAUUCAUGGAUCUAGAAAUGCUUGGAAUCAAUGGUAUCAAUGCAUCUAAACAUAUAUUUUCAUAUUGUGAAGAAAAAGAUUUAAAAUCUCCUAUCAUUGUGGCUUGUUCCGCCUAUCAAAAGGAAAUGGAAUUUCCAAAGUGUUAAUAAGUUGGGAUGAAAUUUUAUUUAGAAAAACCUGUUGAAAUGAAAUAGCUAUAAUCUAUUAUCGAUUAUUACAAAAGCACAAUUUGA